GGUAGUAGUGGGAAGCAAGGAGGAAAACAUUAGCCCUCGUUUCUUCUCGUAGUUGAGAGUUUUUCUUGUUUAUUCCCGGGAUCGCACCGAGCCAGGACGCACCGCACCGAGCCAGGACGCACGACCAGUAUGAUGGAUAGAUAGCAGAAGGAGGAAGAGAAGAUGUCGUUCUUUGGCAUUGACUGUGUCAGGAAGAAAGAGAAAGAGCUGGAGAGGAAACUCCGUGCCAACGACCGCGAGUACAACCUCUCCUUUAAAUAUGCAACAAACGCCAUUAAGACCUCCAAGUACAACUUCUUCACCUUCCUACCUCUUAACCUGUUUGAGCAGUUCCAGAGGAUCGCCAACGCCUACUUCUUGUUUCUGCUGGUGCUCCAGGUGAUUCCUCAGAUCUCCUCUCUGUCCUGGUUCACCACUGUCGUGCCUCUGGUCCUUGUGCUGUCAGUAACCGCUGCCAAGGAUGCCACUGACGAUAUUAAUCGCCACAGGAGCGACAAUCAAGUCAACAACAGAAAAGUUCAAGUCCUUAUUGAUAGAAAACUGCGGAGCGAGAAAUGGAUGGACGUCCAGGUGGGAGACAUCAUCAAGCUGGAAAACAACCAGUUUGUCACUGCUGACCUCCUGUUACUCUCCAGCAGUGAACCUCUCAACCUGGUGUACAUCGAGACAGCAGAACUGGAUGGAGAGACUAACCUGAAGGUGAGACAGGCCCUGACUGUGACAGGAGACCUGGGAGACGAUAUCGAAAAACUGGCAGAUUUCAACGGCGAGGUACGCUGUGAACCCCCCAACAACCGCCUGGACCGCUUCACAGGAACACUAACCUAUGCUAGUCAGAAAUACCCGCUGGACAAUGAGAAGAUCCUGCUGCGAGGCUGCACACUGAGGAACACAGAAUGGUGCUUUGGACUGGUGCUGUUUGGAGGUCCAGAGACGAAGCUGAUGCAGAACUGUGGAAAGAGCACGUUCAAGAGGACCAGCAUAGACCGUCUGAUGAAUGUCCUAGUCCUUUGCAUUUUUGGCUUCCUGGCGUUCAUGUGCAUCAUCCUGGCAAUAGGGAACUACUUGUGGGAGUUGAACGAAGGCUCAGAGUUCACAGUCUUCCUGCCCAGACAAGAUGGCAAUGAUGCUGCGUUCUCUGCCUUCCUCACAUUCUGGUCCUACGUCAUCAUCCUCAACACAGUGGUGCCCAUUUCUCUCUAUGUUAGUGUGGAAUUCAUUCGGCUGGGGAACAGCUUCUACAUUGACUGGGACAGAAAAAUGUACUACUCACGGAACAACACCCCUGCCGAGGCUCGUACCACCACGCUGAACGAGGAGCUCGGACAAAUCAAGUAUGUCUUCAGUGACAAAACAGGGACGCUCACCCAGAACAUCAUGACCUUCAACAAGUGCUCCAUCAACGGAAAAUCUUACGGGGAUGUGUUUGACUACACAGGUCAAAGACUAGAAAUUAGUGAGCACACAGAGACGGUGGACUUCUCCUUCAACUCGCUGGCUGACCCAAGUUUCAUGUUCCACGACCACGCUCUGGUGGAGGCGGUGAAGCUGGAGAACCCGGAGGUCCAUGCCUUCUUCAGAUUGCUGGCCCUCUGCCACACCGUCAUGGCCGAAGAGAAAAAAGAAGGUGAGAUUUUCUACCAGGCCCAGUCUCCGGAUGAGGGAGCGUUGGUAACAGCAGCCAGAAAUUUUGGAUUUGUCUUCCGCUCACGUACACCAGAAAGCGUUUCCAUUGUGGAAAUGGGACAACAGCGCAGCUAUGAACUCCUGGCCCUCCUGGAUUUUAACAACGUCCGCAAGAGGAUGUCUGUCAUAGUUCGGAGUCCAGAGGGGAAGCUCUCUCUCUACUGUAAAGGCGCAGACACAAUCAUCUAUGAGAGGUUGCAUCAGUCCUGCAGCAAGCUGAUGGACGUCACUACAGAGCACCUUAAUGAGUUUGCAGGGGAGGGUCUAAGGACUCUGGCUUUGGCCUAUAAGGAUCUGGAUGAGGAGUAUUUCAACCAAUGGCAACAGCGCCACCACGAGGCCAGCACCGAUCUGGACGACCGAGAAAGCAAACUGGACCAGCUGUACGAGGAGAUAGAGAAGGAUCUGUUGCUGCUUGGAGCAACAGCCAUAGAAGACAAGUUACAAGACGGAGUUCCUCAGACUAUUGAGCAGCUGUCCAAAGCCGACAUUAAAAUCUGGGUUUUGACUGGUGACAAGCAAGAAACUGCAGAAAACAUUGGAUACUCAUGCAACUUACUCCGGGAGGAGAUGAACGACGUCUUCAUUAUCUCGGGAAACUCGCCUGAGGAUGUCAGACAGGAACUGAGAAAUGCACGGACCUCCAUGAAACAAGACGCAGUGGAGGAUUCGGUGUUCCUGCCAGAACGGACUCUGGGUGUCAGUCCGAAAGUGAUCACAGACGAGGUGGCAAAUGGAGAGUACGGCCUGGUUAUCAACGGACACAGCCUGGCAUACGCCCUCGAGUGCAGCAUGGAGCUGGAGUUCCUGAAGACGGCGUGUAUGUGUAAGGCAGUGAUCUGCUGCAGGGUCACUCCUCUGCAGAAGGCUCAGGUGGUCGAGCUCGUCAAGAAGUACAAGCAGGCAGUCACACUGGCCAUAGGAGAUGGGGCCAACGAUGUCAGCAUGAUCAAAGCGGCCCAUAUAGGUGUGGGUAUCUCAGGUCAGGAGGGUAUGCAGGCUGUGCUGUCAAGUGACUACUCUUUUGCCCAGUUCCGCUUCCUACAGCGCCUCCUGCUGGUGCACGGACGCUGGUCCUACCUGCGCAUGUGCAAGUUCCUGCGCUACUUCUUCUACAAGAACUUCACCUUCACCUUCGUCCACUUCUGGUACGCCUUCUUCUGCGGCUUCUCUGCACAGACGGUGUAUGAUGAGUUGUUCAUAACACUCUACAAUCUGGUGUACACAGCGCUACCGGUACUGGGAAUGAGUCUGUUUGAUCAGGAUGUGAAUGACGUGUGGAGUUUCCAGCAUCCUCAGCUCUACGUCCCUGGUCAACUCAACCUGUAUUUCAGCAAAAAGGCUUUCUUUAAGUGUGCCCUCCACAGCAGCUACAGCUCCAUGGUGCUCUUCUUCAUCCCCUACGCAGCCAUGUGCGACACCGUGAGGGACGACGGGAAGGACGUCGCCGACUACCAGUCCUUCGCCCUCCUCACCCAGACAUGUCUGCUGUUUGCCGUCACCAUCCAGUUGGGGUUGGAGAUGUCUUACUGGACGGCGGUGAACACUUUCUUUGUGUUGGGAAGUCUGGCCAUGUACUUUGCUGUAACAUUCACCAUGUACAGUAACGGCAUGUUUCUCAUGUUGCCAUCAGCCUUCCAUUUCAUAGGAACAGCCCGAAACUCUCUGAACCAGCCAAACAUUUGGCUGACAAUCCUCCUCACCUCCAUCCUGUGUGUCCUUCCUGUGGUUACCUACCGCUUCCUGUUGAUUCAGCUCUGCCCCACCAUCAAUGACAAGGUGAUGUUCAAGGUAAGACAGGCCAAAGCAACACCUUCCCCUCCACCUCGACGCCCCCGCAUUCGCCGCACCAGUUCCCGUCGUUCAGGCUACGCCUUCUCACACGCGCAGGGCUACGGGGACCUGGUUACAUCGGGACGGUUCCUACGGCGUCCCGCUGUGUCGCGUUCUUCAGGUUUCACUCAUGUGGGUCGCACAACCACGGGCUUCAGUCCCAUGGGACGAUCGGCUGGAUACAGUCCGACAGGACGCCCCCAGAAUGCCAAGGUCCCGGAUGUGGAGGUGACAUCACUGCAGAUGUACAGGACUAUCAGAGAUCCUGCCCUCUGACAGUAAGAUGGUGUUUGGAGAAGAUCUGGGAGAUGGAAUAAUCCCAACUGGACAGCUGUUUAAAGCUCCCAUUUGUUCUUUUGUUACCAUGACACACUUGUUCAUGCUUUCCAAAGAAGUUCACGUCAAAGAUUUUUCAUGAUCCGUCUGCCCAAUCAUCCAAGACGAGGUUUGAAAAGUACAUGACUUUUGCUCCAAGCAUUUUGUUUUGUAUUAGUUUAUCAAAGGGAACUACAGCUAAAUGUGUAGCCACUUCUGAUGGGUAUACAGAUCACUUUCAUUAAAUUGUGAGGGUUCAUGUUAAACAUGCCUCAUGCAGAGCCAAGAAAUGAAAGGUUUGACAAAUUAAAAUUUUCUGACACUAGAAACAGUAACAGGGUCAUUCAUUUUCAGAUAGAAACUACCACAGAAGGACAAAGUGUCGCCAUGUUUACAGACUACCCAGAUCGUCUAACCUCUGGGAGAUGCACAGCAGCGCUUUGUAUAGAGGAUAUAACCAACAAAGCCAUUUUGCAUAAGAAUAUUUUUAUUUUGUACUUUAAGUGUCUUUUCAAAGCAUUUUAUUUUCCUAUCUCUAAAGCUGUACAAGCUGUUAGCACUUUGGCAGCAUCACGUGUCAACUGCCAACAGACAUCUUCACAGUGGUUCUGGGGAAGAGAAGAUACAGCAAAAAAAAACAAUUUUUGCAGCAUCAGCAUUGUUGGCCUUUUCCCGCUUUUGUUGGACUUUUUUAUAGUAUGUUUAAAUUUACAAAAAAGGAGAGGGACAUUAAAAUUACAAUUUUCAGUACCACUAUGUAACGAGACAUACUUUAUACUUUACUAAGUUGAAAGUAAUAUUGGUUAGAAAACAAUGAAUUAUUGAUUAUUGAAACGAGAUAGUAGUACCACACAAAGAAAAUAGCUAAUAAAUAAAUUAAGUUUGCAAUUGUACAAUAAAAGCUAAUACAUUCUCAAUAAAGGAAUUUUGGUUUGAAGAUCUGCAGCUUUGUAAGUGUUCUAUGGAUUAGUCUUCCUGUGUGAUCACUUAAAGCACCAGUAAGAAGACAUCCAUCCAUCCACCAUCUAUACCCACUUAUCCUUCUUAGGUUCACACACUCCUUGUCUUUUCAAUACCUGGCAAGCCAAACAUUGUUCUUUCUAAUGGCUUAUUCCUGAUUUGUCUAUCCAUCAAAUAUUUAUAACGCCAUUAGUUAUGACUAAUGAACUAUUUAUAAAGAAUGUCUCAUUAGAUAGUGGUACCAAAUCUUCUACAGUGCAGCUUAAUAGGAGCAUGGAUGGCAUAAAAUGUUUCAGGUUUUACUUUGGGUUGUUUUCCAGUUAUAGCAACUGAGAGUCAGAGGCCCUGUUUAAGCCGACUGUAUUGUACAUGCAUAUAGGCAGGUCAUGUCUGGAUCCAGUUUGGGUGGAUUGUAGCUCAAUACGUGCACCAGAAUGUGUCUUAAAUGACCAAUUCAAACCAGUUUUAGCAUCUCCCCAAACAAUGUGUUUGUUUGAAACUGAAAAUAACAAAAGGGAAAAAUGCACAUUUGACCUCAUCAAGCAGCAAGAGAGAGAUGAACUGCACCAGCUGUGUAAGAACUAAUCUUGAAUACAGAAUUCAAAAUGUUGUUUUCUAUAGGAAAAUCAACCACAUCUACCUGUGUCUGGGAGGUUUGUCGUACUGUAAACACACUACAAAGUUAACUGGGUGAUAUUUUAACCCAUUAAGAAACCCAGGUGGAUUCACAUGUGUCCACAUGUCCUUGAAUAGCCAGUUCAUGUGCAGUUUUUAGUCGGAGCGCACAGAUCGCAUUUUAGUGCCAACAGGGCCUAAAAAACACUGCUUAGGCAAUUCCCAUGGGCUUUUAAUUGGGUAAUAAUAAACUUAAUGGUGUUGUACCUCAUUUUAAAAUCAGUUUUAAAAAUAUUAAAAAUCAUGCUUAGUAACUAUUUCAAAAUCUUGUAUUUAGCAACAAACUCACUACUGUAUGUCUGACAAUCAACUUAGUGGUUAGCAGUAUUUCUACAAAUUAAAAUGAAUUAAUUCAAAAUGCCAUGUAUCUUAGCUGUCAUUUGGCUUUCUCUUUGAAUGUUGAAUCAGCUUACUGAAAAUAUGACCUGAUGUAAUAAUUAUAUUUUAAAAAGAAAGGAAAUUCCUAUCAUGCAACACAAUAAUGACAGUCAUGUGUGUUGGUUCAGUACAACCUGAGGUUUGUGGGAUCAAUCUUAAUUUAUUAUGGUGUGUGAAGCUUUAAAGAAUAGUCCAAAUGGAAUUGUUUUCAUAAUUGCACAAAGAUUCAUAAAUGUUUCAUCCACAGCUGAAUUUGAACCAAUGAGACUGCUGAUGGAUGCCUUUGAUGUCAUAAACUUGUUGAAGCAACUGUAGUGUUUGUAUCUGAACAUCUGUUAUCACAGUGUGAGUCAGUUGGUUGUUGAAUUGAAUGUAGUAACCCCUAACUCUGCUGGUGAACCAAAGAAUUUUUCAAAGUGUUGUCCGUCAUAACUGUUGCUCAUCAAACCAAAUCUGAUGCUGGAGGUCAGUGUGGUGAAGCUGGUUUGCACCACUGACAGCAGUAAAGUGUUCUUAAUGGAAAUAUUUCAAGGUUUGAAUAUGCAGAAGAAACAUUUAUUGCUUGUUUGUAAAAUGUUUGCUUUUUUUUUUUUUUUAUUAAUCUGGUUUCAUUCUGUCUUUUCACUGUUUAAAGAAAUGGUCUGGUAGCUAGUCCUGUUUUGUGUCAGAUGUUAUCAGUUUCAUUGUAUUGGGGCCCAUUUGACAAAAGCAAUUUGCGAGGACUGCUUACACACAGAUCACAGAACUUGAGCUCCUGUUGCAAAAUUUGUGAAGUUAGCCCCAAUAUCACAUUCAGCAGAGUCGGUCUGCAGUGUUAAUGCAGAAUAAAUUAAUUGAAAAUGCACUGUCCACUAAUGUAUUGCAAGUCUUUUUAUAGCAUUUCUGUGGUACUGCCCAAAAUAGCCAUAAUGAAUACUUUAAAUAUUUAUCAGUAUAUUACUAAUAUUAUAUCAUGAAGACUGAAACUGUAACAACAUAAGGAAUUUUUGAUAACUAUUUCUCAAAUAUGACAAAAGAAAUCUAUUGAUUAUCACUUCUCUUUCUGAUGAUAUACAUUUUGUAUAAUUUUGUACUUUAAAACAUUUUUACUGCAAUAAAAAGAUCUAAAAGCUAAAUAUGUCUCAUCUGUGCAUCUUCUCAUUCAUAACGUGCAAUUCUCUAAAACAAAAAAUAUCAAUUUGACUUCUGGGUUUGAUAAAUGUCUGGUGGCAUUAACACUGAGGCGUUUUUAAACAAUAUUGGUGAUUUAUGGAGCUCCAGUGGCAUAUUUAUAUUUCAGUAAUGAUGUAAACCUAUUUGGUACCUCCACACGCCAUAUUUUCUCCACAAAAGCUCAGUAGGACAGACACUGCACAGGACUACAUUGGACUUAGUAAAAGCUAUCUGAAUGUGCUUUAUACUGCAGCAUAAUAGCUCUGCUUUUAAAAAAUGUAAUCUGCACCAACCAAUCUGUUUCCUUUCAUAGAUCUCUAUAACAUUUUAUACAGAGUUACUUUGUAUGGUGUCUGUAAAGAGAGGGUC